UAUAAUUCCAAGCACAUCACAAAUCUCAUAUUUUCUCCACAAUAGAAAAAGGCCUCCAAUACCAUUUUUCAUCUGAUCUUUGUUUUCUUCAUUCCCAUCCACGAAGAUGAACAACAACAACGACAAAACCCAUGUUUCGUAUCCCACAGCAGAAGAAAUCAACCCUUUUCACCAAACCUCCCAACCCAAAGAAACGAACCCUUUUGUACCAACUGUUCAUCAAACCAACCAUGUUCAAAACGGCACCGUUCCAGCUCAAACGACAAACGAAACAGUAGUCCCCCCGGCUUCACCAUCGCCAUCAUCAUCUCCAAAACCCCAAGAGAAAAGGGUUCAUUUUCAAGGUGAAGAAGCUCCUUCUUCCUCGGCUCCUCCUCCUCAUCAUUCUCCACUACCGACCACAGUUGAGAGCGAAGAGAAAUGGGGGACGCACGUGAUGGGGCACCCUGCUGUGCCCACGUGCCACCCGUCGAACAAGAAAGCUGCCUUGUGGGGUGCCCCGAGCGACGAUGAGGCUCGGCAGGUUCACUACCCUUACCUUCAAUACAGCCCCAUUGAAAGGUCUGCCAAUAGUGGAAGUCCAAUGGAGUCUAUGCUCCAUGUCUUCAACUCGUGGAGCAACAAGGCCGAGUCUUUGGCCAACAACAUCUGGCACAACCUGAAAACGGCGCCGUCUGUGUCCGGAGCUGCGUGGGGGAAGAUGAACUUGACGGCCAAGGCCUUAACCGGAGGAGGAUAUGAAAGUCUGUACAAGCAAAGCUUCUCUACUUUUCCGAAUGAGAAGCUGAAGAAGACAUGGGCUUGUUACCUUUCAACAUCAACUGGACCAGUUGCUGGAACUCUUUACUUGUCAAAUAUUCAUAUAGCUUUCUGUAGUGAUCGACCCUUGUCUUUCACUGCUCCCUCUGGUCAACAGAGUUGGAGCUAUUACAAGGUUAUGGUACCUUUGGGAAACAUUGGCACAGUCAACCCAGUUGUGAUGAGGGAAAGUCCAUCGGAGAAGUACAUGCAGGUUGUGACAAUCGACGGCCAUGAUUUCUGGUUUAUGGGAUUUGUAAAUUAUGAGAAAGCAUCAAGGCAUUUGACUGAAAGUAUAUCCACUUUUGUGGCUUCUGGAUAUGCCGUCCCACCAGUCUUUCCUAAUCAGAAAUAGUGACCAUUAUAUUAUACUGUUGGAUUAUAUAUAUAUAUGAGAGAGAGAGAGCAUAGAAUCCUUUGUUUUAACUAUUUUGUUUGUUUUACCAUCGUCUUUAGAUUCGGCAGAUUGUAAUAUUCUUUCAUUAUGAUGUGAAUGAUCACUUAUUCGUUCGUUUUUUCUUCCAUAAAAAUAAAAGUAUUGUCCUGUACUACGAAUUUUCAA